AUGGCACCAUUUGAAGCUUUAGAUGAUUCAGGAACUGUUGAGCAGGUCAAGCUCAUCCAGCAGAAAAUGAAGGCGGCGCAAGAUAGACAGAAGAGCUAUGGUGAUAAGCAUCGUCGCCAUGAGGAUUUCAGAUUGGCAUUGCCGCCAGGCGUUGAUCGUGCGCAUAACGUGUUCCAUGUUUCUCAGUUGCGGCGAUACAUUAGUGACCCUUCGCAUGUGCUACAGCCAGAGUCUCUGCAGUUAGAUGAUAACAUGACUUAUGAGGAGUUUCCAGUUCAGAUCCUAGAUCACAAAAUUCGUAAGACUCGCAAAGGUGAGACAAAGAUCGUGAAGGUUUUGUGGUCAAACCACAACUCGGAGGAGUCUACUUGGGAAGCUGAGGAUGCGAUGCGUCUUAAGUAUCCCCAUCUCUUCACCCAGGGGUUCGAUUCUCACCUCUGGCACGCUGGUGUGCUGCAGCGGUGCAACGCUGUCGAAGCUGGGAAUUUGCAAGUUCGAAGUUGGCAGUUGACAGUUGUGGUCUGA